AUGGACGGCGUCACGUGGACAAUGGUCAAGUCACCUGAUGGAUCUCCAAAUUUGUUUGUUGGAAGUCAUGACAGAAACACACCAAUGACGUCAGAAGUUACCCCACACAUCCUAGCUCGUCAUCUGCGUAUUAACCCGCAGUCUUGGCAGGGGCGUGUCACCCUCAGGUUUGAUGUCAGUGGGUGUCAAAUAAAGAAACAGAACGAACAAGACUACAGAUUCUACGUUUCCGGAGUCUACAGUUCUAGCGUCUGGCGGUACAGUGGAGGAACGGAUGUUCUCAACAGUGCCCUCUGGUCUCAUAACAACCCUGAUCCUUCUGAAGGUCACUGUGUCCUGUUGACCCAGACAGAUAUCCUCAUAUGUUCGGACUUCCUGGUAUCUGGUCUUCAUGGCGUCAAUGAUACUGCACUGUCCGCUUCCAGUUACAUUGAAGACACCCUUGACUGUAGUCCAAGAAAUGCCAGGCUUUUCUAUCCUGGUGAUGUCCUAUCAACAUUAAAGAGACUUGGAGGUUGGCAAAGUGGCAUUGCCAAUACAGACCAGUUUAUACAGGUCACGUUUUCAGUAGAUACGAUAAUUAGAGCAGUAACCGUACAAGGACGAUUCGAGCAGUUUGAUGAGUGGGUCACAACCUACUAUCUACUCUACAGCAUGGACGGCGUCACGUGGACAAUGGUCAAGUCACCUGAUGGAGCUCCAAAUUUGUUUGUUGGAAGUCAUGACAGAAACACGCCAAUAACGUCAGAAGUUACCCCAAACGUCACAACUCGUCAUCUGCGUAUCAACCCGCAAUCUUGGCAGAGUCGAGUCACCCUCAGGUUUGAUGUCAGUGGGUGUCAAAUAAAGAAACAGAACGAUAUCCUGGACAUGUAUGGGUACAAAGAAGACCAGGGAGCUGCUAUGUUGUACAAUAUCAUUGAAGUGAGGAAUAACCAGACAGAUGCUUCAACUACCUGUACAAGACAGUACACACAAUUGAUGAGGGUCGAUACAACGUCUAAACUGACCAGUCUACAUAACACCAUCAACAGAUACCGUGUGUUGGAACAAGACUACAGAUUCUACGUUUCCGGAGUCUACAGUUCUCACGUCUGGCGGUACAGUGGAGGAACGGAUGUUCUCAACAGUGCCUUCUGGCCUCCUGGCAACCCCGAUCCUACUGAAGGCCACUGUGUCAUGUUGACCCUGACAGGUCUGACCAGUGUCGAUUGUCAGCAAAACCUGUACUCGAUUUGUGGGAUAUAA